CUCACCUCCCGGGCACCUCCGAACGCAUCUACGAAUGCAUUUUGGAACGCUUGCUAAACCUCUCUUAUCAUCACCACCACCAUCAUCAUCAUCAUCAUCAUCGUAGUACACACAAACCUACCCACGGAGUCUGCUGUCUCUAUGCUAUGACUUCCCUCCAGCUGCCCUUCGUCGAACCGCCCGCGCUUUCUUUUUCGUCGCUCUGGCAAGUGCUUGGGCCCUUCCAGAUUGGCACACGAGAAGCCGCGUGGGGGGCCGACCCACUCGAGUUCCACGGUGGCUUCCGCUGCUUGGAAUACGACCGAGAUGUCAAGUUCAAGAGCUCUUUGACCCCAAACGCAACAGUGGCUUGGUCUUCAUUAAAUGCUACUGUAGCGACGGAAGGCUCCGACGCAAACGCGUCCCUGGAUCUGAGCUUUCCCGAGAUAGACUGGCAGUUCAUCCAGUCAAUAUAUGGCUGGUCUGCUCUCCAGUACCAAGCAUGGGCCCGGGGCCAGAUUAUUGUAGGUGCAGAAAGGCCGCAAACGGUGCUGUUGUACACGGAUCGCGUCCUAGAGUUUUGGCUCGAUGGAAAGCCUUACUUUGGAGGUGAUUUCUAUGCUUAUCGUAAAGCGCCUGUAGUAUUGUACCUUGUUCCCGGGGCCCAUCAACUAGACUUACGUUUGAUUCGUGAUGGUCGAGCGAUGGGUAGUGUUGGGGAUCCGACUGUGCAGGUUGAUCUUGCGCUUGUGUUGCGUACUGGUUUCGAACCGCUUGAGCUUGCCGACAAAAAUAUACUGGCCCCAGAUGUUGUUGAUGGAAACCUUGCCGGCCAGUAUGGUUCUCUGGCAGUCCGGAAUAUUGGCAACAAGGUCAUCCAAAUCGUGAGUGUCGGGUCGGAGAGUGACGACAUUCAAAUCGAGGUAUUGGAGCAUCCCGCUGGAAAAGUGCAGUUGAAGAUACUGCCUGGGCAGACCAGACCUCUAUCCUUCCGAUUCCAUUCCAGCAGUCCCAAGACAUUUCAGUUACAAGUUACCGUAACUUACACUUGUGACGGCUCCACCGGCAAGCUUACGACCGUCCAGGACUUUAGACAAAAAUCCAUCUACGAGCCUCAUAAAAUAACCUUCAAACAUCCGGGUGGGAUAAUUUCAUAUGCUAUGCUGCGGCCACCAUCGAAAGCUGCCACCUGCAAAGGCAUGACCUCAGCACCGAUUCUUCUUUUUCUUCAUGGCGCAGGCCUUGAUGCUGCCAGUGACAUGGUCGCCCAUACUAUGGACCCUCUUCCAGACCUGUGCGCAUGGACUCUCUUCCCAACCGGAGUGACCAAUUGGAGUGGAGACGACUGGCACAGCUGGGGAUUCGCAGAUGUGGAAGCUGCUAUCUCUUCCAUUGAAGACUGGACGACAAGGACUAGCUGGCAAGGCAUCGGCGUUGAUUCUUCUCGCUGGCUUGUCAGCGGCCACUCAAACGGGGGACAGGGCGCCUGGUACACAAUGACCCAUAGGCCUGACAAAAUAAUCGCAGCGGCCCCCGUCUCCGGAUACGCUUCCAUCGAACGCUAUGUCCCAUAUGAGUUCUGGCGGCCUAUGGAUCCUCGCAGGCAAUCGAUAUUGCGGGCUUCAAUCAACAGUUAUAGGCAUGAGCUACUCGUUGAGAAUUGUCAAGGCAUUCCAAUCUUCCAGCAGCACGGCAGUGCUGAUGACAAUGUACCGGCAUACCAUUCGAGGCUGAUGAACCAGUUACUCUUACAUGUCGGUACUGGCGCAGACUAUGUGGAGCUCCCAGGGGAAGGUCACUAUUUUGAUGGCAUUAUGACCACCGAGCCUUUGAGCAAGUUCUACGAAAGAUACGUACCGGUUGGAAACCCAACGUCCUUAGCUCUUCGGCGUUUCGCGAUUGUGGUGGCUAAUCCUGGAGAUAUGUCAUCGAAAGGCGGAAUCACAGUUACUCAACUUGAAACUCCGGGGCAGUACGGUAGGAUGGACGUUUCAAUCGACCCUUUGGAUGAAGAAACCUGCAUAUACAGCAUUGGAACCAGUAACAUACUUAGCUUCAUGCUAAAGCCCCGUUCCUGCACUAAAAUGCAUGUUAUCAUCGACGGCAAGGAAACAGUUGUUCCUGACCUGGGCAAUUCGGAACAUGUUGACAGGACAGGGGCCGUCAACCUAUCCAAGGUUAAUGGUAGUUGGGCUGCUGGCUCUUUGGAGGCCCCAAGUUCCAUGUCGAUGAAUCGUCGCGGCCGCCAGCUUGGGACGAUGGAUGCCAUCCUGCGUACCGAUGGCAUUUUCGCAGUCUUUCCAUUCGCCGAAGGCUCUGAGGAUAUCGCACUUCAAAUAAUUCGCAACAUGUACCAGUAUUUCUUUGCGGACGCUGCCAUCGAGGACGCUCGCGAAUACGACAGACAGCGCUGGAAAGGCAGCAAAAUCAUCAUCGCGGUAGACCAAGUUCCAACAGGUGCUUUGGCAGACUUUCCGAUUCGGGUUCUAGGGCCUUCGGGAUUGAGCAUACGCGAAGCAGAUGGUAGCAGGAAGGAAUACGAUGCCGAGGAAGGGCUGUCUGCCAUAUUUCUGCGGCCCGGAGAGCAGGAAAGCGUGGAGCUCGUGAUUUGGGGCAGCAACGUGGAAAACGCAGCGGUGGCGGCGCGACUGGUGCCGAUGCUGACAGGAGUUGGGCAACCGGAUUUCAUCGUGUUAAGCAAGAGCAGUCGGUGGAAGGGCGCAGAAGGAGCACUGGCGAUGGGCUUCUUUGACCAGGCGUGGAACGUCACAAGCAACUCGUUCUUUAGCUGAGGUGAAAGGCAAAUACAGUAGGUGCACACUUGUUUACCGCUGCUUCCCUUUUAAGAGCGACUGCCGUGCCGGCUACACGCCCUUUAUCUACCGCCUCUGCUCCUCUUCCUCCCCUCCCUCUUCCCCGACCCACAACAAAACACCCAUCUUGUCUCA